AAAACGUUUAGAGUUAAGGAAUGGAGACCAGCUGGAAAGAUGCGUACCAAGACACUGUGAUUUUUAUCUCCUUCAUUAAAUACCGGAAAACAUGAACCACAAAUUUGGAUCUAAAAAUUAAGCCCGAAGGCUUCGCCAGGAACUGCUCAAUUCUCCCCCUUCACACCGUUGUUCUUCUAACACUUGUUUACACUAUUUCAUGAUGAAGAUUACUAUAAACGAGUCUACUAUUGUUCGUCCAGCUGAAGCCACUCCUAAAAGAAGUCUAUGGAACUCCAAUUUAGAUAUAGUGAUGACAAGAUACCACGUCCCUACUAUAUACUAUUAUAAGCCAAAUGGUUCUUCUGAUUUCUUUGAUACUCGAAGGCUUAAAGAGGCUUUGAGCAAGAUUCUUGUCCCAUUUUACCCUAUUGCUGGAAGGUUGGGGUAUGAUGAAAAUGGAAGACUUGAGAUAAUAUGCAACGCUGAAGGAGUUUUAUUCGUUGAAGCUGAAACUAAUUCAGUUAUGGAACAUUUGAUUGGUGAUUUUACUGAGAACUCUCAAGUUUUAAGUUUAGUCCCUAAAGUCGACUAUUCUGGAGGAAUAUCUUCUUAUCCACUUCUUAUUAUUGCAGGUAACUAAGUUCAAAUGCGGUGGAGUUUGUCUUGGAGUAGGGUUUCAACAUACUUUAGGAGAUGGCACCGCGGCUCUUCAUUUCAUCAAUAGUUGGGCUGACAUCUCACGGGGCUUGUCUCCUGCCAUUGCACCAUUCAUCGAUCGAACUCUUAUUCGUGCUCGGGACCCACUCCGGUAUUGAAGUCUGCAUCAAAAUCUCAAUCAAAUGAUCAUAAGCCAUCCAUUGUCUCCACCUUUAAGCUCACAGCUGAUCAAUUGAACACCCUGAAAGCCAAAGCAAAUGUUGCAAAUGCAAACGGUGGUAAUUAGAAGAGACUAAUUAUAUUUGUGAGCCUAAACUCUCAAUGACGACAAGCCCAUGUGAAAAAUGCUAACAAGCUUAAGCAUUUCACUUUAAAAACCCCAAUUGAUCAUACAAGCUUAGACAUUUCAUAUUGGGUUUAAGUUUUAGGCUUAAUUUUUAUUAUAUAUAAGCACAAUAUUUUGUUUAUUA